AUGAAGAUGUCAGAUGUCUUUUUAAAAUUUUUGACAGCUCCUCAUUUUCAUACCCAGGCAUAUGAUGUUAUCUUUGAUAUAAAAAAAGAAAUCGACUUCGACGAAGUAUUAAGGGACAUCACAAAGAGACACCACUUCAGAGGCAUGAACAACUUAGUGUACAUUGCGGCUUGCAUCAUAUUACUGGUGCUGAUUUGUGGCUGUUGUUGUUUCAAACGCAGACGUGGACGAGUACUCUCACCGCCCGUGGACGUGCCACCGCCCGCGCCGCCCGGCCCCGGAGCGCCCGCGCCCUACCCCACGCAGCAGUACACGGUGCACACUCCGGCGCCCUACCCAGUGCCGGUGGUGACGCCCUACCCGCUGACGCAGGCCGCGCCGGCCGGCUACCCCGCCAUGCCGGGCCCCUACCACGCCAACACGGCGCCCUAUCCCUCCUACCCGUCGGGUGCCAUGCCGCCCGCGCAGUAUCAGGGCUACCCGCCGGCGCCCUACCCCAGUGCGAGCUACCCGUCCGCGCCCAGCGCGCCCGACGCCAACGUUUUCUUUGGACUGGCCGCGCCGGGCUGGAACCCACAAGGUCGG